UAAUCUCGAGUAUCAAGAAAAAGUUCAUUAAGAACUUGAGGAAGUUUUCAGAGAUUCAAAGACACCAGCCAGCGUAAAGGAGCUGUCGCAGUUAAAGUAUCUUGAGAGGAUCAUAAAAGAAACGCUCAGAAUGUCCCCAAGUGUACCCAUAAUCACAAGGAAAUUAGCAGAAGAUGUAAAAAUAGCCGAUUAUAUGCUUCCGAAAGAUGCUACAGUCAUAUUGGGAAUCUCAUUAACGCAUACAAAUCCAGAAAUUUGGUCAGAUCCAAAAAAGUUCGAUCCAGAUCGCUUUCUUCCGGAUAAUUCGAAACAUAGAAAUCCAUAUGCCUACGUUCCAUUCAACGCUGGACCAAGAAACUGUAUCGGCCAGAAAUUUGCUUUACUCGAAGAGAAAGCGGUAUUAACAGCCAUUUUGAGAAAGUGGAGAGUGAAAAGUGUAAAAGCAAUGGAUACAGUUCAAUACGGGCUCACUAUCACUUAUCGACCGUGCGAAGAGAUAUUCAUCCAUUUCACGCCAAAGAAAUAAUUAAUUUAUCAUACCAUAUACUCUAUACACUUUUAUGUAUACCUUGAAAUAUAUGGUGACGGUUUCGACGUUCUCGUCGUACAGAGGAUGACAUGAUAUAACGGAUCGUAAAUACCGAAAUCGUAAUAUUGGCAUAUAAUAAUGAAAUUUUAUAUAUACUUACGUUGAGGAUGAACACUUGAUGCGAUACUUGUUAUAAUUUUUCUCGAGAUAUUUACUUUGAAACAAAAAAA